CAUUUAGAUGCCAGUGAACUCUGAAGUCAUGUAUCCACAUUUAAUGGAAGGAUUUUUACCAUUCAGCAAUUUAUUUACUCAUCUGGACUCAUUUCUGCCCAUCUGCCAGGUGAAUGACUUUGAGACUGCUGAUAUUCUAUAUCCAAAAGGAAAACGGACAAAUCGGUUUUUAAGUGGCAUUAUCAACUUUAUUCACUUCAGAGAAGCAUGCCGUGAGACAUAUAUGGAAUUUUUUUGGCAAUAUAAAUCCUCUGCAGACAAAAUGCAGCAGUUAAAUGCCGCACACCAGGAGGGAUUAAUGAAACUGGAGAGACUUGAUUCUGUUCCAGUUGAAGAGCAAGAAGAGUUCAAGCAACUUUCAGAUGCUAUUCAGGAGCUGCAGCAAUCACUGAAUCAGGAUUUUCAUCAAAAAACGAUAGUGCUACAGGAGGGAAAUUCCCAAAAGAAGGCAAAUAUUUCAGAGAAGACCAAGCAUUUGAAUGAACUAAAAUUGUCAAUAGUUUCUUCAAAAGAAGUACAAGAGAGUUUGAAAACAAAAAUUGUGGAUUCUCCCGAGAAGCUAAAGAAUUAUAAGGAAAAAAUGAAAGAUACAGUCCAGAAGCUUAAAAAUUCCAGGCAAGAAGUGAUGGACAAGUAUGAAAUCUAUGGGGACUCAGUUGACUCCCUGCCUGCAUGUCAGCUGGAGGUGCAGUUGUAUCAGAAGAAAAUACAGGACCUUUCUGACAAUAGAGAAAAAUUAACCAGUAUCUUAAAGGAGAGCCUGAACUUGGAGGACCAAAUUGAGAGUGAAGAGUCAGAACUGAAAAAAUUGAAGACUGAAGAAAAUUCAUUCAAAAGACUGAUGAUUGUGAAGAAGGAAAAACUUGCCACAGCACAAUUCAAAAUAAACAAGAAGCACGAGGACAUUAAGCAAUACAAACGCACAGUAAUUGAGGAUUGCAAUAAAGUUCAAGAAAAAAGAGGAGCUGUCUAUGAGCAAGUAACCACAAUUAAUCAAGAAAUCCAAAAAUUUAAAUCUGGAAGUCAGCAACUAAAAGAUGCUACUGAACGGGAGGAACUGAAGUCCAAGGAAAUAUUUCUAAACUUGAAAACUGCUUUGGAGAAGUAUCACGAAGGCGUUGAAAAGGCAGCAGAGGACUGUUAUGCUAAGAUAGAUGAGAAGGUGGCUGAACUGAAGAGGAAGAUGUUCAGAGCGUCAACCUGAUUAGACAGAAUUACAUGUCUUUUUGUAAAUGGCUUUUCAUAUUUUAAUUUUCUAUUUGGAAAGAGAAUAGUUAAGCUGAAGCUAAUGCAAGUAUCAAAAGUACCAAAUGACGUAGACUCAGUCAGUUCUUAAGGACUCUCAUAAGUGGAUAGUUAAUAAGAAUUCAAUGUAGACUUUUAUAAAUAUGUAAUUAAAAUA